AUGGGUGUUAAGGGUUUAACAACAUACAUUGCAAAGAAUGCAAAAAAAUUCCUCGUGCCCCAUGAGCUCCAUGACUGCAAUCUAGUAAUAGAUGGAGACAAUUUAGCCUGUCAGCUGUUUAAGAAGAUUUGCAGUACGACCAAUUGUGCCUUUGGUGGAGACUACGACAUGUUCUACAUGCAAGUCUGUCGCUUCUUCAUUCUCCUGGAUAAGUGCAAUGUAAAGUCCUAUGUUCUCCUCGAUGGUGGUUACGAAGAAUAUCGCCUCCGGACAGUUCAUACAAGAUUGAGAUCAAAAAUUGCCAGUAUUAAGCACAUAGAUCCUAGCCGACCAGACACCAUUCACUUUCCCCUACUCAUCCGUGAGGUCUUUGUAAGAGCCCUGAAGGACAUGGGCAUCAAAGUAAUGAGAUGUCUCUUUGAAGCUGAUGAAGAAGUAGCCAAUCUGGCCAGACGCCUCGAUUGUCCUGUUCUGAGUUAUGAUUCGGAUUUCUACAUCUACAAUGUACUUUACAUCCCCUUUGUUUCUCUGACUUUCAAAGUCUACAAGAAAAUCAUCCAGAGAGAUGGAAACCAGAUGAUUCGAACUGAAAGAUGCUCCAUGAAGGCACGAAAGAGAAAUCGAAAAGCCAGAGUACCUAUAAUGGACAUUGAUGGAGAUGAAAAUGAACCAGAAGAUGAUUCAACUGAAGAAUGCUACUACUAUUUGGACUGUUGCCUCUACCAAAUGGAAAAUCUUCUGAAAUACACAAAACUUACAGAAGAACUUCUACCAUUUUUUGGUGCAAUCGUCGGAAAUGAUUUUACCCAACAGUCCAAGUUGAAAAAAUUCUACAGUGGAGUCAGUAUGAGAAGAAAGAAGAAGGAUAAAUCCAAGUAUCAGAGACAAAUUGAUGGACUUAUUCAAUGGUUACAGCAUGAAUCAUUGUCAUCAGCUUUGGAAAAAUUAGAAAUACGCUAUGAUAAAGCCAGUAGAGAGAAUAUUCUUGAUCACAUUGCAACUGCAUCUGCUCCAUAUACCACCACAAAGACUAUCUCCUGCACUUUUUUUGGAUUCGAACAAGAUCACCAGGAGAGUGUAGAAGAGAUUCCUCCUGAAGAGGAUACCACAGUACAAAUUCAAGAAGACAACAAUGAGAAUAAUGUUGAAAAUGACGAGGACGAGGAGGAUUGUGAUGAAGAAACAAUAAAAUUGGCAGAAAAUCCUCAAAGAUCCAAAAACAUCCCAUUUUGGCUGAAAGAGAAAUUCCUCCGAGCAGAACUACCACGGUACUGCAUUGAUCUCAUUCAUCUCAAAAUGUAUGUAAAUAAUCCUCAAAUUGAAAAUUACAAACUCCCAGAUGCCAAUCUUGUUGCCCUGGAUAUUCUUCUACUUCUCUUCCGGAUACUCAAUGCCCCUGAAACUCCAACGCUCAACUAUCUCACAAGACUUCCGGGUCAGGUUACCUAUGCCAACAAGUAUCUGACAUUUGAAGAAUCAGAUACCAUCUCAUUUGAUCCAGCAGACGAAAAGAAUGAAAAACUAUUUCAUUAUAUUUUCCGGAAUUUUGAAAAUCACAAAGAGAUUUUCAAUUUAUUGCCAGCUCUCGACAAUGGACAGAAAAUCUACUUCCUCGCCAUGGUGUAUUGGACCAAAAAGUCGAAACUCUGGACAUGGUUACAUAUUAGAAGCCUAAUCUUGUCUAUGAUGAUCCUCAGUUUUAUUGACCGAAAAUGCGGAGAAAUUCGCACUCAAGAAAAUUUUGAACGUGUCAAUGGGAAAAAUCUUGCAAAGAUAAAGGUAGAAUUGUCUAAAAAAUGCCCAUUGGACGAUAAUCCAGUAGAACUUACAGAAUCCAAAGGACGUCAAAUGAGAAAGAAAAUCAGUAAGAAUGAAUGUGUACUGAUUCAGGAGCGAAUUUUGCCAUUUCUCUCCCGAAAUGUUCAUCAUAAAAAAUCCUACACAGGAUUCUCCAGUACUGUUCUUCAUGCAUUUUCAGAAUUUCAAGCUGUACUCUAUCACAUGAUUAGCCUCAAUUCCAUUUCGAAUUUUCCCUUUGACGAACCACACGUGGCUAAGAUGUACAAAGGUUUUCUACUUUUUAAUCUCUACACUACACUCAAUAAACGUGAUGAUCCUGAACACUACCUUCGAGAUAAUUUACUCAAAUGUGCCCACAAUUUCUGGUCAUACUACAAUUUUCUAAUGACAUGGCUCCUGAAGUUUAUCCCUGAGAAGAAUGUAAAUAUUGAAUAAAAAUCUUCUUUUUCCACAAAAAAAAAA